ACCGUGUCGCCUCGCCUCGCCCCCCCCGGCGUGGUUGUCAGUGCGAAGAGCGUUACGUAGCCUGGCUGCUGUGCUCCGCCCGGCGGAGGAAGGCAUCCCAGGCAGGCCCCAUCAUGGAGGCUCGCUACAAUCUCAAAAGCCCGGCUGUAAAACGUUUAAUGAAAGAAGCUGCUGAACUGAAAGAGCCAACAGACCAUUAUCAUGCACAGCCUUUAGAGGACAAUCUUUUUGAGUGGCAUUUCACUGUAAGAGGUCCUCCAGAUUCAGAAUUUGAUGGAGGAGUAUAUCACGGAAGAAUAGUGCUACCUCCAGAAUAUCCUAUGAAACCACCAAGUAUUAUUCUCUUAACGGCCAACGGUAGAUUUGAAGUGGGAAAGAAAAUUUGUUUAAGCAUCUCAGGACAUCAUCCUGAAACAUGGCAACCAUCCUGGAGCAUAAGAACUGCCUUGCUUGCUAUUAUUGGAUUUAUGCCAACAAAGGGGGAAGGAGCCAUAGGAUCCUUAGACUACACCCCUGAAGAAAGAAGAGCACUUGCUAGGAAGUCUCAGGAUUUCUAUUGUGAAGGAUGCGGAUCACUUAUGAAAGAAGCCCUCUUACCAUUAACCUCAGGGAGUGCUUCAAGCCAGGCUGACCAAGAAGCCAAGGAACUUGCGAGGCAAAUCAAUUUUAAGGCUGAAGGUAAUUCAUCUAGAAAAUCUGUUACUGAAUCUUUAGAUAUGCCAGAAUUUAAUCACCUAGUGAAUUCCUCUGAACACCAACAAGAAAUUACAACUGCAGCAUUCCAGGAUACUACCACCAGUGAAAUGUCUGGAAAUCCAACCAACUCUGCCACCUCAAAUCAAGAAGAGCACCAUACUCAACCUGCAUCCAAUAAUGCUUCAAUGAGUCCUCGCCAAAGGCAUAUCCAGCACAGAAGAGUACCCGGCUUAACCAACUUCAAUCAGGUUCAGCAGCCAAGAGUCAACACAAGCCACAUGGGAUCAAAUAUGCUGAUUCUCCUCCUUGUUUUAGCAUUGGCGGCACUAGUCGUUAGACGUAUAUAUCUAGCCAAUGAGUAUAUAUUUGAGUUAUGAGAUUCUCUCAUUUUGAAGACCAGUGACUUGAAUGUGUUAUUGAAAUGUUCUAUGUUGGGUAUGUCAUGAGGAUUGUUUACAUAAGAUUACUUUUUGUAUUUUCUCAUUAUAAAACUGAAUUCUAAUGUACCUGAUGUGGUACAUUAAUAUUUCCAAGGAAUAAACACCAUGGUAGUGGUGUAAGAGUGGAUGAUUAACAAUCUGUACAAACUGACAUUACCUGAAAGGUCUUUUGAGAAUAUUCUGCAUUAGCAGGAUAUUUAAGGGUAAAGGGACUUACUGCAUCAUGCACAAGCUUUGAUGGGUACUUUUUACUGAGCCCUAAAAUUGUGUUUUACGCCAACAUGGAUAAUUAUUCAAAAUAGCAGGAUAAUAAAGGUUAUUCAUGAUGGGGUUUCUUAAAUUGAAAAGCAGAAAUGUUUGCAUAGUUAAUAAUAUUAAAUUAAUAAGGGAAACUUGGUUAUAUAUAGUAGGUACAUUUAUUUCCUACAUUAAAAAUUCAGGAAAUGAAAUGCCAUAAAUUGUGGGCAUUAAAAAAAGGGGGGCCAGAACGUAAUAUACUUUACUUUUUACUUGUAAUUGUCCUGAACUUGGAAUAGUCUUUUGCAAAAUUUGAAGGUUACUUUUAAAAUAUUCAGUUGUGUAUAUUUUGCUUUUUUAAAAACCUGACAACCCCCAAAAUUGUUAGGCAUAUUUACCCAGACUUUAUUGACUAUGAGUUAUUUCAGAAAUAUAUAUAAUGCAUUGAAUUAACUGUUUCAUGUGCCCGUCAUAAAAAAAUAAAAUGCUUUUUGAAAACCCA